AGUGCGAUUCUAGAGUGGUACAACGAUGAAGUUUCUAUGUGUUGGAGUGCUCGCUGCGGUUCUUGUUCUCACGAAGGGCCAGAGUUCGCCAGGAGCUGGUACCAGUAUGCCCACUGAUCCAGGUCAUGCUCCGAGUGGACAGGCAACAGGUCCGCUGGGAGGUAGUGGGCCUGACCCGAUGGCAUCUGGUCCCCUGGCCAGCGCUAUUAAAGCAAUGGGUGGACUGUCAGCGACAAACAAUGGAGGAAUGGGGGGUCAAGCCGGUCCCGCAACAUCCGGAAUGGGGGGAAAUGCUGUCACCAGCGAUAUGAGUGGAAGUACGUCCGGCAUGUCCAACCCAAUGGCCGCCAUGUACAACUCCAUGCCCGGUGGUAUGUCCAACUCCAUGCCCGGUGGUAUGUCCAACCCAAUGGCUGCUAUGUCAAACUCCAUGCCCGGUGGUAUGUCCAACUCCAUGCCCGGUGGUAUGUCCAACCCAAUGGCUGCUAUGUACAACUCCAUGACCGGUGGUAUGCCCAACCCAAUGGCCGCUAUGUCCAACUCCAUGCCCGGUGGUAUGUCCAACUCCAUGCCCGGUGGUAUGUCCAACCCAAUGGCUGCUAUGUCAAACUCAAUGCCCGGUGGUAUGCCCAACCCAAUGGCCGCUAUGUCCAACUCCAUGACCGGUGGUAUGUCCAACCCAAUGGCCGGUAUGUCUGGCUCCAUGACCGGUGGUAUGUCCAACCAAAUGCCCGCUAUGCCCAACCCAAUGGCCGCUAUGCCCAACCCAAUGGCCGCUAUGUCCAACCCAAUGGCCGCUAUGCCCAACCCAAUGGCCGCUAUGCCCAACCCAAUGGCCGCUAUGCCCAACCCAAUGGCCGCUAUGCCCAACCCAAUGGCCGCUAUGUCCAACCCAAUGGCCGCUAUGCCCAACCCAAUGGCCGCUAUGUCCCACCCAAUGGGUCCCAUGAUGGCAGGAGGUAUGUCUGGUAACACUGGUGCCAUGUCUGGACCCCUGGACGCCAUCGCCGCCAUGACAGGAGGACAGAUUGCCGGCAAGCCCGGAUUCGGUAAAGGCCUCUCUGGUCAUCCAGCGGGACCAUCUAUGAGUGCAGCCACCGGAAAGGGUAACAAGAGCCCGAUGACUGCCCUGCUUCCCCUCCUGCUCCGCGGAGGCAUCUCUCCCGAGAAAAAGAAGAUGAUCAUGAUGAUGUCCAUGAUGUCCAGUAUGGGCGGCUCCAGUGGCUCCAAGCAAAACUCAAUGAUGAGCCUGAUGCCUCUGCUGAUGGCUACGGGCGGAGGAGAGGGCAUGAGCCCCCUGAUGCUGAUGGCCUUGACCCAAGGAGGAGGGUCAUCAUCAUCCUACAUGAUGCCGCUGAUGAUGGCGAUGAUGUCCGGCGGUGAGAUGAACAUGAGCACCAUGCUCCCCUUCAUGAUGAUGCAGAUGCAAGGCCAAGGUCAAAACAAGGGUGGCCCGUGGGGAGGUCACAGGUCAGCUGUUCCGAUGAUGGGAAUGAACAAGGCUGUGUAAACGGUUAACACGUGAAUGGAUUACACAUAUGAAGAUUGGACUUUCAGUUUAUUUUUUUACUCUUCUCUAUUGCUCAGCGUUUCACUGUGUGCCAAUAUUUGUUUAUAUACAAAUAUACCAAAUCUAUCAAUAUUGCUGUGAGUAAUUUGAGUUGUUAGAGAUGAACAUGCUACUGUGUAGUGUUAUAUAUAAAUGUUUGUAUAUUUGUUAAUAAGAUAAUAAAUAUAUAUUACACCAAAU